CGAAUAUCCUUUCUCACUUUCAAUUUUCAUAGAUCUCGGAGUAAGAUAGAAGUGACGCACCCGUGGUUGCCUCUGUAUCUCCAGCAUUGUGGUCAUUCUCGUGCAUUUUUUUCCUCUUUCUGGAACUGGAUUUUUGGACCGCGGUGGACGCGUGGAUGAUACACCGGGGCGAGAACUGGAGAUGGAGUUGCUCGUGAUCAGCCUCUCCUUAUGGAUCCUGCAGUGCCGCUUGGCUCGUGCGGACUCCAUUAUCCACAUCGGUGCUAUUUUUGAACAGAACUCCAUACGGGACGAUGAGGUUUUUCAGCUCGCCAUUUCAGACCUGAGUUUGAAUGACGACAUCCUCCAGAGUGAGAGGAUUACCCAUUCCAUCAAACUAAUCGAGCCCAACAACCCCUUCCAGGCGGUACAGGAAGCCUGUGAGCUCAUGAAUCAGGGGAUCUUGGCUUUGGUGUCAUCUACAGGCUGUGCUGCAGCCAAUGCUCUGCAGUCUCUCACAGAUGCCAUGCACAUUCCUCACCUGUUCAUUCAGAGGAACGGAGAUGGCACACCCCGUGCCGAGUGCCAGCUCAAUUCCAGCCCUGACGGAGAGCGCUACACACUGGCCGCGCGCCCUCCGGUGCGUCUCAAUGAGGUCAUGAUCACACUCGUCUCUGAGCUGCACUGGCACAAGUUUAUCGUCUUCUAUGACAGUGAAUACGAUGUGCGUGGGCUACGUGGGUUUCUGGACCAGGCAUCUCGGAUGGGUUUGGACGUGUCUCUCCAGCAGGUUGAUCGGAACGUGACAAAGGUCUUCUCCACCUUGUUUAGCACCAUGAGGAUGGAGGAGCUGAACCGUUACCGGGACACGCUCAGACGGGCCAUCCUGCUGCUCAGUCCCCGCACUGCACAGGUCUUCAUUCACCAGGCAGUCGAAACAAAUCUAGCAUCCAAAGAUAGUCACUGGGUGUAUGCCAAUGAGGAAGUGAGUGACACAGAGAUCAUGGAGCUCGUCCAUAGCGCUCUGGGCCGGAUGACUGUGAUCAGGCAGAUCUUCCCUUUAUGGAGAGACACCAACAUCCGUUGUAUGAGAAACAACCAUCGCAUCUCCUCGCUGCUCUGCGACCCACAGGAAGGGUACCUGCAGUCUCUGGAGGUGUCUAGUCUGUACCUGUACGACAGUGUGCUGAUGCUCGCCAAUGCCUUUUACCGAAAGUUAGAAGACAGAAAAUGGCACAGCAUGGCCAGUCUGAACUGUAUGAGGAAGUCAACCAAACCCUGGAAUGGAGGAUGGUCCAUGCUGGACACCAUCCAAAAGGGACGGAUAUCUGGGCUCACUGGGUUAAUGGACUUCCGUAGUAACGGAGCAAACUCUCACGUCCAGUUUGAGAUCCUGGGGACCAGUUACAGUGAGACGUUUGGAAAAGACGUGAAGCGACUUGCGACAUGGGACUCUGAUCGUGGACUGAAUGGUAGUCUGAGGGAGAACCGGGCUGAGCAAGGCAUGCAAGGAGUGACUCUGAAAGUGGUGACCUUAUUGGAGGAGCCAUUCAUAAUGGUGGCAGAAAACAUUCUUGGUCAGCCUCAAAGAUAUAAAGGAUUUUCCAUAGAUGUUCUGGAUGCCCUGGCCAAAGUACUGGGCUUUAAGUAUGAAAUGUAUCAGGUGGCUGACGAGAAAUAUGGAUCUCCUCAAGCCAACGGGUCAUGGAACGGAAUGAUUGGAGAGCUGAUCGGGAAGAGGGCAGAUGUGGCCAUUUCGGCCAUCACCAUCACUCCAGAGCGAGAAAACGUGGUUGACUUCAGCAAACGUUAUCUGGAUUAUUCCGUGGGAAUUCUGAUGACCAAAACAGAAGAGAGACUCAACAUCUUCUCCUUGCUGGCCCCAUUUGACCUGGCUGUGUGGGCCUGCAUCGCUGCUGCUAUUCCUGUGGUGGGUGUCAUGGUCUUUCUGCUCAGACGGGUGCAGUCUGUCCGUUCCCAGAAUCCUCCCGGGCCCCACCAGCCUGGGCCUACCACAUCAUUCCAAAGUGCCAUCUGGAUCGUCUAUGGAGCCUUUGUACAGCAAGGUGGUGAGUCCUUCAUGAGUUCAGUGGCUCUCAGGAUUGUAAUGGGAAGCUGGUGGCUAUUUACCCUAAUUGUCUGUUCGUCCUACACAGCCAAUCUGGCAGCCUACCUCACGGUUUCCCGCAUGGACAACACUGUUCGAACAUUCCAAGACCUUUCCAGGCAGGCAGACUUCAGCUAUGGAACAGUGCGAGAGUCUGCAGUGUUUGAGUAUUUCAGGGUGAAGGGCACAAACCCCCUGGAGCAAGACAGCACUUUUGCGGAGCUGUGGAGAACUAUCAAUAAAAAUCAGGGACAGGACAACUCUGUGACCUCUCCUGCUGAAGGCAUCCGCAAGGUUAAGAGGGAGUCAUAUGCCUUCCUAUGGGACAUGGCGGUCUUGGAGUAUGCGGCUCUGACCGAUGACGACUGUAUGCUUGUGGUCACAGGAAACAGCAUGAGCAGUAAAGGAUAUGGCUUGGCUUUGCAGCACGGCAGCCCCUAUAGAGACCUUUUCUCACAGAAGAUACUUGACUUGCAGGAGAAGGGAGACCUUGAUAUUCUAAAGCAGAAGUGGUGGCCACGAAAAGGGCGCUGUGACCUGGACAAGCAGACAGAACCCCAGCCGGAAGGCAGAGCCCUAAGAUUACACAGCUUUGCUGGGGUCUUCUGCAUCUUAGCUGCAGGGCUGCUGCUGGCCUGCCUUGUGGCCGCUCUGGAGUCUUGGUGCAACGGCCCACGUUGCCAGCGGGCACAACCCAAAGAGGACACUAAGGGCUGCGCUCUGGAGAUGGCAUCUGGGUCAUUGGCAUAUAAUGAAAUAGCAACUGCUACAGGAUGCACACGGGACGUUUGGCCAGAGAGAGAAAGAGACUGGGAAGACUCGCAGGCUUUUUACACAGGACAAAGAGGUGAAUCUGGAGCAGGUUCACCAUCGUUUGAGUGGGCUGAUGGAGGACGAUCUGGCACACAAACAGCUCACAGGUCAAUCUCUGGAGAUAUCUGCCCUGGACAUGGGCAGCAUGCGGCCACAGCCGGGGUCCCAGGAAGCCAUGAGAGAUUUUCCCCCUGGGGGCCUGUCCGUGACCUCCUUCCUCCAGGAGGGUCCUGGGGUCGGCCGCGUGCCCGGACGGAGCCUCCCCCUCCCUCUCAGCAGUUCCACUCUGCCGCCCUCCAUGCGUUGCAAACACCGGGCACCCAACGGAGGCCUUUUCCGCCAGAGCCCUGUAAAGACACCUAUGCCUCUCUCUUACCAGGCAGUGCCCGGGGGACCCAUCCCAGAAGCCAUUGAUCCAAGCCAUGGGACCUCGAUUUGAGCUGACCAAUCACCACAUUCUAAAGACUGCAAGCCAGCCAAUCACAAAUAUCGGGAAGUCUAGACCAGGUCUGGAUGCAUUUAUACAAUUACAUACUAUAAAAAGAAUAUUGAGAUCUUUUUUUUUUCCAGUACAGAUAAAUCAUAUAUGCCUGUGAGAAAAGAGACGCUGACUUUUCUUGACUGUACAUAUUUGUAUAUAAUGAGAGACAGCAGUGAAGUUAAAGUGUAUUUUGAAUAUUCAUGAUUUUUUUUUUUUUUUUUUUUUUAAGUUCAGUAAAACAAAAACAAAAAAAAAUAUUUACAUAAAAAUACAGACUGUUUGAAUGGCUUUGUAAAUUUUGAUCUAAAAUAAAAAUGAGAAUUCCUUGUGGAUGUUUUCUAAGUUGCCACGCUUAAAGAUUUUUGUUUUGGUGGGGGCGGGGGGGUUAUAAUAAUAAAAUGAAAGGAAAUAAAAGAAGCUUUACAGAAAAUGUAAUCAGUGAAAUUGCUGGUUUAUGGAGGCAUCCCUUGCAUAAUAUUUGAUCCCAAGGAGUAAGGUCAGUAUGCCAUUUCGAACUUGGCCCUAGAGUAUGUAUGGGCUGAAUCAGUCUUAGCCCUUGUCAGCUGUGUUUAAUGUGCUGUAUAAAUUAAACAGUAGACCACAGCAUAUGAGACACUAGUCUUUUAAUAAUAAAGUUGAGACCAGUAUGGUAGUGAUUUUGGAAAUGUUAAGAGGAAAAGCA